AUGUACCGAAAGAAGGCAAUGAGGACCGGGUGUUGCACAUUAGAAGCAUGCAAAUGCUGUAUACUAGCAGACUCUUUACGACAGUCAAAGGGUGGGUUUCAGGUGGAGGUCGCCGAAGAUGGAAGAAACAGAGCUACCGAUGUGGUCCCUUUAGGAAGAAACCGCCGCACUACUUCCACUGGGGCCGUGGAGGGUUAUAACUGUGGCCAAAUUGGUCAUUUUGCUAAGGAUUGUUAUGUUGCUCCUGCUGAUGGAGGAAGGGGUAAGGGAUUCAGUGGCUCCCACGACGCCGGAGGGAGAUUUGGAUGGGGGCAUCGUGGUGGUGGUGGUGGUGGGAGGAGAGGGGGAUACUAUGGUGGUGGACGUCGUGGUGGUGGUGGGGGUGGUAGUGGUAGAGGAAGAGUGGACUGCUUCAAUUGUGGAGAGGAAGGUCACUUUGCCACGGAUUGUCCCAACUGA